CGCAACCAACCCUCAUACAUUUCCAGGCUUGGCGAUUGGGGACCCCCGAAAGGCUGCUUCUCCUCCUCCUGCGCCAUGCCGGCGGGCUCCCCGCUUCGAGACCUGGCCUGCUGGGCGCUGCUGUGCUGGGCGCUGUGCGGGGACCGCCUGGCGCGCGGCUACGUGGUGGUCAGCUCGGUCUCGUGGCCGGAGGAGGAAGAGCUGGACAGCGCCUCGGCCGAGGAGGAGGACGACGGGGAAGGGGCCAGCCCGGCGCUGCUCGGCCAGCCCGGCCGCCUCUGGAAGCGGAGCCACCCGGCCUCGGUCUACAAGCACGAAGGCCAGCGGGAGGCAGGCGGGGAAGGGGCCAAGCGGCGCGCCUCGGCCUCGGCCUCGCCCUCCCGCAUGUUCUCCUACCGGAGAGAGGGGGCGGCGCCUCCCGGGGAAAGGGCCGGCAAGGCGGCCAGGGAGCGCCUCCUCGCCGCCACCUGGGGCUUCCUGGCCGCCGCCUCCGCCCACCAGAAGAUCCAAGGAAUCCCAUUUGGGAAUUGUUUAUCUAUCAGUGAUGGUCCUACAGAAAACAGCACAGGAAUUCCUUUCUUCUAUAUGACUCCAAAGGACAAUACGGUAGCUGAUUUAAUGAAAAAUGCCACUGCUUCAUUAACGGUACCAGAGGCAGAAGGAGAUUCUUGCAGAAAAACGAUAGUUGAUCCUGAUGAUCCACGAUGCACAAGACUUAUUCUUACAGGACAAAUGGUUACUGUGCCUCCAGAAGAAAUGGAAUUUGCUAAGCAAGCGCUAUUUUCUAGGUACCCAGUUAUGAGAAAAUGGCCUCGUAGUUAUGAAUGGUUCUUUAUGAAAAUGAACAUUGAACAUGUCUGGCUUCAGAACUGGUAUGGAGAAAUUGCAGCUGUUGGACUGGAGGAAUACUUCAAAGCAAUUCCCAGUAAAGCGUGACUGAACAUUUAAAUAUGGAAAUUUUGUUUCCUGUUUACUUUGAAAACAAGUUGCUUUAUAUGCUACGCUACCCAGUAUUUAUUUAACUGUAAUUUUGUGCAAAGUAUUAAAAAUUGCCCCAUCUUUCUGAAUGGGAGUAAAACAACAGUAUGCACCUUUUAAUGUGAAAAUGAACAUCAAAAGCAGAUCUGAAAUUGCAGUAGAUUUUAUCAUUUCAGGCUGAAGAAGAAUCACUCCAAACACUGUAAGUGAUCUAAGUAGGUUUGAUUUUUUUUACAAACAUUGACAGUAUGAUGAUACUAUGUAUUAAUAAACAUUUCUGAAUCAGGACAAAAACUGCAGUUCCACAGGAAAAGUUUGUCUUGUAAAGUUAAAUGCUGUAAUUUCCAACUUUUCCUAAGGGACAUAAUUGUCUCACAAAAUGUGAUGCUCUAAAAUGGAUCAAAUGUGGUUCUGUCCCUCACAUCUAUAUAUAUAAAAGAGUGAUGGCAUCACGGCAAUUCACAAAACAACAAAAGUACAGGCCCCCCAACCUUAAAAUUUGACAACACAACCCAUCAUCCACGCCUCAAGGUUGAUACAACAAAAAGAAAAGAAAAAUAAAGUCCUAAUUAGAGGGAGAGCAAUAAUUGUUUUUAUCCAAUUGCUGCCAGUUUAGAGGGCUAAUCUCUGCCCACUUGGUUGCCUAGCAACCAGCCAAGGGACAGCCAGGUUUCAGUUAGGGGACAGGCAGACUUAGGCUUCACUUAGAUUUCUUCCACAGAUUAUCUAAUUUGCACUGGAUUAUAUGGCAGUGUAGACUCAAGUCCCUUCCACACAGCUAUAUAACCCAUUUAUAAUCUUAUAUUAUCUGCUUUGCACUGGAUUAUCUUGACUCCACACUGCCAUAUAAUCCACUUCAGUGGGCAUUUUAUACAGCUGUGAAGAAGGGGCCUCAUAUCAUCCAGUUCUAAGCAGAGAAUAUAAGAUUAUCAAUAUAGAGUAGAGUCUCACUUAUCCAACGUAAACAGGCCGGCAGGAUAAGUGAAUAUGUUGGAUAAUAAGAAGGGAUUCAGGAAAAGCCAAUUAAACAUCAAAUUAGGUAAUCGUUAUACAAAUUAAGCACCAAAACAUCAUAUUAUACAACAAAUUUGACAGAAAAAGUAGUUCCAUGCGCAGUAAUGCUAUGUAGUAUUUACAGUAGAGUCUCACUUAUCCAACACUUGCUUAUCCAACAUUCUGGAUUAUCCAACGCAUUUUUGUAGUCAAUGCUUUCAAUAUAUCGUGAUAUUUUGGUGCUAAAUUCAUAAAUACAGUAAUUUCUACAUAGAAUUACUGUGUAUUGAACUACUUUUUCUUCCAAAUUUGUUGUCUAACAUGAUGUUUUGGUCCUUAAUUUUUGAAAUCAUAACUUAAUUUGAUGUUUAAUAGGCUUAUCCUUAAUCCCUCCUUAUUAUCCAACAUAUUCGCUUAUCCAACAUUCUGCCGGCCCGUUUAUGUUGGAUAAGUGAGACUCUACUGUACUGUAUUUACAAAUUUACCACUAAAAUAUCACAAUGAAUUUAAAACACUGACUACAAAAACAUUGAUUAUGAAAAGGCAGACUGCGUUGUAUAAGCGAAUGUUGGAUAAGUUAGAUUCUUCUUUAAUAUGAAAUAAUUACUGGGAUAGAAUAAUGCAGAACAAUAUCAUCUCUAAAACCAGGACAGUAAAUAAACAGGGGAAUUCCACACAGGAAACAAUCGGGGCCAGCUAACACCUCCCAACAAAGUAUUCCCAUCAUCAAAGUCUGGCAAAUCCUGUUUUCUCAGGGCCAGACAGUAGAAACACAUAAAAUAUCGCAAACAACACCACUCUGAAAACAAGGGAAUUCCAAACAGGAAACAAUCAGGGCCAGCUAACACCUCCCAACAAAAAAUUCACUCAGGGAGGAAACAGCCAGGCUUUAAAGCUGCAAGGCCAUUACAUCCUAAUCAUUUUUCCUAAUUGCAGCAUUCAUACUUGCCUCCAACAAACAAAAAAAACCUUUCAGAAAUAUUGUUUAUUCACAACCUUUAGGAAAUAAUAUCCCCUGAUGGCGCAGCAUGUUAAAGCGCUGAGCUGCUGAACUUCUGGACUGAAAGGCCGCAGGUUUGAAUUGGGGGAGCAGAGAGAGCCCCCACUGUUAGCUCCAGCUUCUGCCAACCCAGAAGUUCAAAAACAUGCAAAUGUGAGUGCAUCAAUAGGUACUGCUCCGGCGGGAAGGUAACGCCGCUCCAUGCAGUCAUCCCACAUGACCUUGGAGGAGUCUACGGACAACGCCGGCUCUUCGGCUUAGAAAUGGAGAUGAGCACCAACCCCCAGAGUCAGACAUGACUGUACUUAAUGUCAGGGGAAAACCUUUACCCUUUACCUUAACGACCACCAAUUCCUCAAUACUUUAUUUCCCAGACCACCAGACUUCGCCACAGCAACGCGUGGCCGGGCACAGCUAGUUAUAUAUAAAAUAGAGCCCACGGUAGUGCAGUGGGUUAAACCUGACUGCUGGCCUGGAGGUUGGGUUGCUGACCUGAAGGUUGCCGGUUCGAAUCCUGAGAGAGUGGGUUGAGCUUCCUCUGUCAGCUCCAGCUCCCCAAGUGAAGACAGAGAGAAGCCUCUCACAAGGAUGGUAAAACAUCAAACAUCCAGGUGUCCCCUGAGCAAUAUCCUUGCAGAUGGCCAAUUCUCUCACACCAGAAGCGACUUGCAGUUUCUUAAGUUGCUCCUGACACACACAAAAAUUAUAUUUUAAAGUUUAUUGUCAUGGCCAUUCUUCUCCUGAAGAAUGGCCAUGCUUUUAUUUCCAUUUUCAACUGACUUUUUCUUUUCUUUUUCUACUUCUUUGUGGUUAUAUACAAAAUUUAGACAAAUUGGUUAACAAACUAAUUUCAAAGAACUGGUUCAUUGUCCUGACUUCUUCCAGUAUUUUCCAGUUAAUGUUUAACAGUUAAGCUUAUGCAUAUAACACUGAACUAAUAAUCAGUGUUAAGAUUAAUCUCACUUCCUCUGUUGAUAAUUGAAAUGCCUCUAAAACCAUCCUUUUAGGAAGUUAAGGGAUAAUCAAUAUAAAUUUGAAACCAAGGGAUAUAAUAGUAACCCUAUUUUUUAAUAUAAAUAUAUAUAAGCAUAUUUUUCUUCCAGCAGUAAAUAAAUCAUUUAGUAAGUAGGUAUUGCAACACCUAUGUCAUACCUAGAGCCAGAGGAAUGUAUGAUAAAUCUGUUUGUUUUCUUUUGUUCACUGACAGCCCUUUGAAUAUUUUUUUAAAAACACUUAUGUCAUAUAGAUGUUAGCAACAAUAACAUGAAUUGUUUGGAACAAUACUAAAAUGUUGUAAUUUAGCACAACAAAUAUGGGCUAAGCGGCCUUUGCUAUAUUCCUUUGGCAUUUCUGUGUAAAGGAGUAUCCAGUUUCAUGUAUUUUUAUAUUUUGUGAAUCAUAGUAUAACUCCCAUAAAUAAAAGUCCUACAAAAUAUCCUAGCAACAAAUGCCAUUGUCUUUUAUUAAUGGAUUUGGUAUGUUCUAGGAUUUAGUUAAUGAACUUCAGCAAAACCUUUUGACACAUCUAUAAGAAGUGAGAAGGACCUAGAUUUUGGGAUGGCAGAAUAAAAGGUUGAGGGGGAAAAUCUGAGAUGAAAACAUUACUUGGUUAAAAGAAAAAGUAUUUUUAAGUUUCGUGGAAUGAGACAUCUUGUGCCUUCUUGUGCAGAGUGUUCCUUUCUGAUGCACAAGGGCAGCCAAAUGGCUCCCAGAUGUGUCUCCCCUCCCCAGCCACUAAUGGGUUGCAGAGAGAGCUCAGACAGGCACCAUCUAAAUGCCAUUUUAUGCUUCUGAGGAAGGAAGAGCUGCAUGGUGUAGGAUAACAGUAUCCAUUUGGCACAGCCUAUCAGGAACUGAGAACAUAAUGCACUUGGGUACCAUUAGGAUGCUGAUGGGAAGAAGCACCACAAUCAGUUUCUAGACCAGCAGUGUAUGUAUGUAUGUAUGUAUGUAUGUAUGUAUGUAUUUAUUUAUUUAUCUGUUUAUGUUUUUUUCCUUUGCUUGCUUGUUUUAUAUCUUGCCUUUCUCUCAGAUAUGCUCUGCCAGGUCUCAAAAGAUCUUUGUCUACAUUUAUCACUGGCUAUGUAAAUUGCAAAGAACAUUACUAAUAAAAUGCUAAAAAUACAAAAAAUAGCAAAUACCUAGAAUCAUAGAGACCACAAGGGCCAUCCAGUCCAACCCUCUUUCAUGCAGGAGCACACAAUCAAAGCACCCCUGACAGAUUGCCAUACAGCCUCUGCUUAAACAUUUCUAGUGUAGACUCAUAAUCCUGUCCAACACAGAUAAUGUGAAUUAUCUGCUUUGAUAAUCUGUUUUGCCGUAUAUGGCUGUGUAGAUCCAGCCCCAAAUUGGCACGGCACAUCCUAUAAAUACAGCUAAUGGCUUUGCAGCAUAUUAUCAAAAAUUGUGGUUGUUCCGACUCUUAGAGCGAUGCUGGGAGGACUAAACCAAUGCAUUAGUGAGUCAUCCCACCUCUUACGGCAGGUGCCUUUCCCAACAUGAAAUUAAAGGAUUUCCUAGCCCUGUGUCUGAAAAGUGCUGCCCACUCCUGACUUGGGAUUCGGAAGUGCUUGACAUGUACCAGGGGAUGGGACACCUGCCAUGAGCUUCAAUUAGGCCAUCCACAUCUUGAAGUUGCAAUCUUCCCAGAAAAGCGCUAAUCGCAAAGCCCUUUAACCUAGCCUUUUUCUUUCCCUUGUCAGUCUGAAGAAAACUGCAAUUUAUAGUUUGAUUUCUAUCUGCCUCAUUCUAUGAUAAAUUGUGGUUAGAAGCUUCAAGCAUUAGCAUUAGAAGAAAUCAACACAUGAUGUAUGUGGUAUUUCCUACUGAGCAUGAAACUAUUUUGAUAUCAGCUAGCCAUGUUGGUCAGAAUCACAGUGCAUCUCCCUAUAAACAAAUGGCACUCCUAAUCAGGAUUUUAGUGCAUUAAAUUUUGCAAAGGACUGUUUUUAUUUGACUUGUUACGCCCAUCACACACCUGCAGAAAAAAGAUUGUAAAACUUUUCACUGAUCUAUGAAACAACACUUGGUUAACAGUAUAAUGUAAUGCUUGUGUAUGCUUUUAUUUAACCAAAGAAUGGUCGUUGUUUUAAAGAUAAUUUUCCUCAUUGGACAAAAAUUGCGUUUUUCAUAUUCUCUACUGACAAUGCUUAUCACAGAUGUCUUGUAAAUAUAAUAAAACAUUGAUUGAAAAAUCCA